AUGGUGGAGCGCGGUGGGACAAAAAGGGAAGCUACCGAGAUGGUUGAGAUCGCUCCUACAACCUUUAUGCACCGUAUUAGAGGAAGGCCAUCAGCGGUUAAGGCUGCGCAUCGGCAGCAGACCAUGAAAAUUGAGGAGGAGAAUAUGCUUGUUGAUCGAUGCUAUUUCCUUGACAAGAUAGGGUUCCCUCCAGCUGUUUGGAGAGUGCGAGAGUUGGCGCUUGAGAUAUUGCAGAGAAGGGACCCUCGCGCAACCUUAGGAAAGAAAUGGGUUUCUGAAGGACUGUAUCACCGACAUCCAGAAAUGAGGUCUGUCUAUAGCCGGCACAUUGAGUGGUUGAGAACAGUACGUGGUAAUGACAGUGAGAUAAUGACUAAAUUCUUUGACGAGCUUGCAGAAUGUGUUUAUUCGAAGGAGAUCAAGCCUAAAAAUACCUAUAAUUUUGAUGAGAUUGGAUUUUUUGAUGGGCUGUUCCGCUUCUGA